GAUAAGUGGAGAUCACUAGUAGAAACCUAGAUACUAUAAUGUAUGAGGUAAGAAAUUGGUUUAGUAAUUAUCAGGUGGUAAAAUAACUGAAUGCAAGUUUUCUAAUACAUUGUUAACAUUUCUCCCAGGCUCAGCCUAUUGGAUUUUUUCGCUGACCAGUGUUUCAUUUAUAAAUGUAAGAAAUUAGAUUGUUUUUCUGUAACAAACUUUUGAUCUGACAAGAAGAAUCGUGUGUGAUCCCACAUCAAGGCCAACAGCAAGCAGUUACUGUCUUUGGAGGAACAGAAAAUCGGCUAGUGAAAAACGAGUAUGGAAAGCUGGAAUGUGGACCGAGUGGGGUACCGGCCCUCCAACAUGCAGGACCACAAACUGUACAACACCAUCCACCACAGUCUCAGUCUGAUCCUUUUGGCCGAGCUGUUGUUCAUCAAGCUGCUGCGGGAGCUGCUUCUCCCAACAGCACCAUCCAGCAUCCUCCCCAGACUGUGCCACCUUCUUCCCAGCAACAACAGCCUAGUGCUCCAUCAACGCCAUGUGGACCCAUACCAACACAACCACAGAGUUAUUUCUCCCAAAAUCAGGAAACCCAGCCACCAAUUUUGGAGGUCUCCACAACAAUGGCACCAAUGUCUCCUCACAUACAGCAUAAUGGGAUGAAUGGCCUUGCUCAAGCUCAGCCUUCUGUUUCACAGACUUUUAGUGUGAACAGUAGUAAUUCUUGGGGUGGAACAGGAAGUACUCUGACCUACACACAAACCAUGAUCCCACCUAGUCUGCCUGAAAAUACAUUGAGAACUCAACAUCCUGGAUAUUGGCCACAUCAGAAUCAACUUCAUCAUGACAUGACCUUACAGGGAACUCUUUCCAGUCAACCAGCACCCGAGUACUGGUGUUCCAUAGCCUACUUUGAGCUAGACCAACAAGUUGGUGAGACUUUUAAAGUUUCCUCCUCGUACAGUAGUGUCAUCAUUGAUGGCUACGUGGAUCCCUCUGGUGGAAAUCGCUAUUGUUUAGGGGCUCUUUCAAAUGUACAUAGGACAGAGCAGAGUGAGAGGGCACGGUUACACAUUGGGAAGGGAGUUCAGCUUGACCUCAGAGGUGAGGGUGAUGUGUGGUUGCGAUGCUUGAGUGACCACAGUGUUUUUGUCCAAAGCUACUACCUUGACAGAGAGGCUGGCCGAGCCCCGGGAGAUGCUGUGCAUAAAAUCUAUCCAAGUGCUUAUAUUAAGGUGUUUGAUUUGCGACAGUGCCACCGACAGAUGCAGCAACAGGCAGCUACGGCCCAAGCAGCGGCAGCAGCGCAAGCAGCAGCAGUGGCGGGUCACAUUCCUGGUCCGGCAGCAGUAGGAGGUAUUGCCCCAGCCAUUAGUCCCAUGUUAGGUUUGUCAGCAGCUGCAAGCAUAGGAGUUGAUGAUCUGCGUCGUCUGUGCAUAUUAAGACUAAGUUUCGUCAAGGGUUGGGGUCCAGAUUAUCCUCGUCAGAGUAUCAAGGAAACGCCCUGUUGGAUUGAAAUCCACCUUCACAGAGCACUGCAGCUUUUAGAUGAGGUUCUUCAUACCAUGCCCAUUCAUGAUCCCCGUCCCCACGAUUGAAGACUGAACAAAAAAAAAACAAGUUGUUGAAAACCAUGUUUCUCUUUGCUUUUAGUUCGAUCUUAUAAUACAUAUUUUAGCACUUAGUUUUUUAUUACAUCAUUGUGACAUACUUUUUAUAUCAUGUAUAAACACCAUCUUUGAAGUAAUACUGUGGCAGUGUAGAGCAGGCUCUAAAAGUUUAAUUGAAGUAAAUAGUUCAAUGGAUUAACAGAGCUGUUAAACAGAAGGUCAUGAUUUUCUGAAAAUGAUCAUCAACUAUACUGAAUCAGUUUUUAGUGUUAUUAAUGGAAAACUGUAAUAAAAUACAAGUAGUAAUGAUUUUCAUACUGAUUGUAACAGGAGAGGAAAAACAUUUAAUUUUACAGAAUGUUUGUAGUGAAUAAUGAGCUUAUAGUGGUUCAAAGCAUUAUAUUUAUACCCUUAUUGUUUUGUUUCAAGAAAUGUAACUUAAUACUGUUGUUAUUUUUUGAUUUAUGGCCAAUAUUAGGAUAAAUCAUUUCUGAAUGAAAACAAGCCCUUUUCAAGUUUGUUUUAUUCUAUAAUACAGAUUUAAACCUUUAUUUUCUUGCAUAUCAAUAAUGUAAUGUUCUAAAAAUUAUUCUUAACUUGUUAUUUUCUUCCCAUGAGCAUCAUAUGUUAAGAAAUGCCUCUUCUGUGUGUUGAAUUAAUAAGAAAAGUAUACAUACAUUAUAGUUCACAGUUAAAAAUUUCUGUCCCUUAAAUGUGUUACAGUCUUACUUGUUGGACACUACUCAGAAUAAGUCUAGGCUGUAAUGUCCUCAUAUGAAAGUUUAAAGUCCUGCACAUAAACUUUUCUUGUUGACAAAGAACUGUCAGUUUAAAAGAAGUUAUUGAGAAAUUGAAAGUAGUUUAAAGAACUUAGAAAUUUGAUUUUAUGAUAUUGUAGAUGAUAGUUUUGUCUUGUUUCAAUACUAACAUUAGAGUCUAUCUCUGUACUGUUUAUCAGUGAAAGAAUAAGAGGUGCCUUACAAUAUCUUUUCCUCUCCAUAAAGCCCUACUAGUUAAUGGGAUGUAUGACUUUCAAGAUGAGUAAUAUUUAGUGACAUUUAAUUAUAUCAAAGUGAAAGUAACAACUCAUCAAAAGUAUGGUCAUACUGAGAUGUGAAUCAAAGUAACUGAUGUGUAUGCUCUGGGUGUCAUACUGAGAUGUAAAUGAAAGUAACUGAUUUGUAUGCUCUUUGGGUGUCAUACUGAGAUGUAAAUGAAAGUAACUGAUUUGUAUGCUCUUUGGGUGUCAUACUGAGAUGUAAAUGAAAGUAACUGAUUUGUAUGCUCUUUGGGUGUCAUACUGAGAUGUGAAUGAAAGUAACUUUGAUGUGUAUGCUCUGGGUGUCAUACUGAGAUGUGAAUGAAAGUAACUGAUUUGUAUGCUCUUUGGGUGUCAUACUGAGAUGUGAAUGAAAGUAACUUUGAUAUGUAUGCUUUUUGGGUGUCAUACUGAGAUGUGAAUGAAAGUAACUUUGAUGUAUAUGCUCUUUGGGUGUCAUACUGAGAUGUGAAUCAAAGUAACUGAUGUGUAUGCUCUUUGGGUGUCAUACUGAGAUGUGAAUCAAAGUAACUGAUGUGUAUGCUCUUCAGGUGUUACGUUAAGAUUCACAUAAUUCAUAAAACUGUUACAGUGGAUCUGAUCAAUAAAUACUGUCUUGGUUAGGAAACAAGUAAACUGUGCUUGAUGGAAAAAUCUGUUAUAAAAUAUUAGUUUGGGUUGCAUGUAACUGUUUAGAGGUGGAAUGUGCACAUCAAGCUCUGUGUUACUAGGUUUAGGGUGUAAUGUGUACAUCAUGGUCUGUGUUGUUACUAAGUUUAGGGUGUAAUGUGUACAUCAUGGUCUUUGGUUAUCUUAGACUUAUUCAAGGUACAGAUGUACAGUAUAUUGUGUUAGUUUGUGUAGGAGAUGUAGAUGAUUUACACAAAGCUUAGAGGAGUACUGUAAACCAAGUUUGUGUUAUCAUUAAGUUUAGAGAAGAUUAUGACUGUUGUAAAUCAAGUUUGUAUCGUCAAUAUCAUAGCACUGUUAUGGAAACGGUGCAGUUUUUUAUUAGGACUAGUUAGACAGUUUUAAGUCUGCACUGUUUUAUUGUUGCUAGACCUGUGCAGUCAGCUUAGAUUUUCUUUGUUUAAACAUGUAGAAAGUAAAAACCGUAUUACUGUUGAAAGAUGACCGUUAUAAAAAAUUAAAGUUAGUUACAUAUCAGAUUUUUCUUAAGUUCCUGCUUUAAUUAUGUCAGAAUAUUAAUUCAUGCUAAACUAUAAUUUUAUCUGGCAAGUAUGACUGCUUAAAAUAAAAGUUGAUAAAUGUAAGUUGAUGGUGUCCACAUGUGUAAUGACAGUAAUUAGUUACAAUAAAUUUAGUGUGAAUGUGUAUCUGAUGGUGUCCACGUGUUUAAUGACAGUAAUUAGUUACAAUAAAUUCAGUGUGAAUGUGUAUCUGAUGGUGUCCACGUGUUUAAUGACAGCAAUUAGUUACAAUAAAUUGAGUGUGAAUGUGUAUCUGAUGGUGUCCACGUGUUUAAUGACAGUAAUUAGUUACAAUAA